AUGAUUUGAUUUAAUUUUUAGGAGCGAACGCGAUGGUCUUGAAGUUGUUAGAAAUCCAAAGAGGCCUAUCGGCGCUUGGAUACAUUACUAUAACGAUCAAUUAGCCAUGAUGAAAGAGAAGGAUAAAGGAGUGAAGAUAAAUGAUGAUUUGAGGAAAAAAUUGGGCAAGAAGUGGAAUGCACUUUCAAAAGUAGAAAAAGAAAAUUUCAUGGCAAAGUCCAAAGAAAGUUCAAAACAAUAUUCACUUCAAAAGGGUGUGGUUCCAAAGUUAUAUCUUCAGACUCGAUGCUCCCCCGAGCGAGUGAUUAGAGUGAUUGAAAAAUUAGAACCAAAGCAAAAGGCAGCCAUAGAAGAAAUAGGAUUUGGUAGCCUCUUGCAACUUCGAUGUAGGAAAAUUGAUCAUGGGUUAUGUCUUUGGUUGAUAAAUAGUUUUAAUCCGAACACUUAUAUGUUACAGUUGUAUAAUACUUGUAUCAAAUUAUCCCCCAUUGAUGUUGAAUUUAUUAUGGGAUUGAGGGCAAGAGGGUUCAAGAUUGGCAUGAACAAAGAUGUUGGCCAUAAGAAUGAUUUAUGUAAAAAAUAUUGUGAUAAAAAAGGGCGAUUGCCAUUAGUGAUGUUAGAAAAUCAAAUUAGGGAGGAUAAAGAGGGUGGAAACGAUUUUAAAGUUCGUUUUGUAUUAUUUGUGUUGGGUGCAUUAUUGUGCCCAACAAUGAAGCUUUUUGUGAAUCGUUCUUUCUUACAUCUUGUGGAAGACAUCGAUUCAAUAAAGAAGAUGAAUUGGGCAGAAUUUGUGUUGUCCUAUCUUGUGCACGGGAUUGAAGAGUUUAAGAAGAAACAACAAAGUGGGGUUUGCGGUUGCUUAUUGUUUUUAAUGGUAAUUAAUUUACAUCAUAGUGAAAUACGAUUUUGUUUUAAUAUAAUUUAUGAACUAACUAUAUAUCUAUGUCAAAUAUACUUGUAGUUAUUCUACCACGAGCAUAUAUCAUUUGAAGAGAAAUUUCUACCGCUAUAUACUCGACCUUCUCCUCGGAUUACUGCUUGGGGAGAU